CUCAUUUCAGUGAAGAACUUGGAAACUGGCAGAAGCACUCCAGGAGUAAGGAUGGUUUUUGGCCAUGAAAUAGUGAACGUGGAAUUGCUGGAUGAACGAGAUUCGGGGAAGGGAACAGCAAUGCUCUCGGGGUGCACUUCAGCUGCUGAAGGGAAUAAACAAGCAGACACAGGGCCAGCAGAUUGCGGCCCAUGGAGUUCUCCUUGUGUUUCCCUAGAGAACCAGCUCAGAGCCUCAAGUAGCUUAAAAUGCUCCCUCUCAGAGAAGAAGGAAGAAGAGAAUGUGGAGUACACAGUUGUUGAUUGUUUCCAGAAGAAAUUUGGCCCAGCAGUGCUGCACCUAAAACAGCAGCGUGUCAUCAGUGUAGCAGGAGAAGGUGUUAAUUUGUGUCGCCAUGGAAAACUCUCAUGGCUUGAGAUAGCAUCAAAGAGCCAGAUUUUUCUAUUUGAUAUCUUCCUUCUGGGACCCCAGGCUUUCAAAAAUGGAUUACAAAUGGUGCUGGAAGAUAAAGACAUCUUGAAGGUCAUGCAUGACUGCCGCUGGAUCUCAGACUGCCUCUUUCACCAAUACGGUGUCCUUCUCUUCAAUGUCUUUGACACACAGGUUGCUGAUGCUCUACAGUUCUCCAUGGCAACAGGUGGCUUCCUUCCGCACCGUGUCCGCACGUUACAGGAGUGUUUGAUGCAGCACUUGAAGAUACCUUGCAAAUGGGAUGCCAUCAUAAAGCACAAGCAGGAGAUGGCUUCAGAGAAUCCUGGCAUGUGGUUCUUGAGACCCUUUCCAGCUUCUCUGCUUAAAGCACUUGCUCUGAAGGCUAUGUACCUUCUGCUGCUCCGCUCAUCCCUCAUGGAUAACUUGAUGUCUGACCUAAGAGCUGUAGUACAUGGUUAUUUAACUGCUUAUCGGACUGGGUCAGGAGAUCACCUUAGGGGCACAAAG